GUGGUUUGGUCCAUCAGUUGAUCUGUAAACUGCUUUGCGUGCAUAACAUACACACAUUUUAUCGAUCGUCGUUACAAGCAAUAUGAAGUUUUUGAUUGUCCUGGCUCUUUUGGUGGCUGCCGCAUCGGCAAUGCCACAAUUCGGCGGAUUCGGUGGACCAGGUGGAUUUGGUGGAUUUGGUGGUGGUCCUGGCUUUGGCGGCGGCGGUUUUGGUGGAGGCCCUGGAGGAUUCGGUGGACCUGGAGGAUUCGGAGGACCUGGUGGAUUCGGCGGCGGUGGUUUUGGUGGUCCUGGAUUCGGUGGACGAUCAGGAUUUGGUGGCGGAUUCGGCGGACCAGGUGGAUUCUACGGCUAAGCUAUCUAAGCUGAUGCCUGGAGCAUCGAAAAUAUAUUACAAAUUCAUUAAGAUUAGUUGUAAAUUAAAAGUCUGAAAAUCACAAAAAUAUAAAAAAAAAAAACAAAAUAUAAAAAAAUGUUAUUUUUUCUCAAAACAAAAGGUUGAGCUUGUCGGGCUGAUUGACUUUAAGUUUAUAUGUAUAUCAGGUUUGUCUACUACUGAACAUGAGUAACGAAUUUGUAUUCUACGAGAGCUGCAUAAAAUGCCCGUUAAUUUUGACAUAUAUAUGAAAACAACAACAUUAAAAUUGUUUGCUUAGACGGAUUUUAUCUGUUCUUUA